AUGUCUAGUCAUCGUACGAAAGAACUAGCACAAAGUCGUCUUUUCCAACAGUACCCCCAUGAUUGGCCUCUGCGUGAUCGCAUUCGGCUCAGCUAUCAACGUGCUCAAGCCAUCGGCAAAGCAUACGGUUUCACUCGAGACGAUGUGCUUAACACAACCGAAAAAUUAUGGCAGUUGCAUACCGACCCAAUCUGUGGCAUUGAUGGUGCCGCCGCUAUCUUGGCUACCAUUCAAUACAAUCUCUGUGCUGGCACCAUUGCGCCCUAUGCUACUCAACAUAUCGAAAUUUCUGAGACUCUGGAACGCGUAUUGUCCUUUGAAGUGUCUGGACAGUUCUUACUCACCGAAUUGGGCCACGGGAUAGAUGCUUUGCACCUCGAAACCACCGCAACUCUUCUACCCGAUGGAUCCUACGAAUUGAACACGCCCCAUGAAAGGGCAGGAAAGUAUAUGCCGCCCACUGUACCUAUGGGGUACCCGACUAUCGCUGUGGUCAUGGCCAGAGCCCUUGUCGAUGGUAUGGAUCGUGGAGUAAAAUCUUUUCUCGCACCUAUCAAUGACGGCAAAAUCAUGCAUCCUGGUGUUGUGUGCAGAUAUCUUUCUCAACGUGGAGGGAACACGCCCCUAACCCACUCCAUAACUUAUUUCGAUCAUGUCCGUAUACCGGCCUAUUCGCUUCUUGGAAAGAUUUCUGGGCCAGUCAACCACCGCAGCUCAUUUUUCGAGGCAAUAUGUCGCGUUCCAUAUGGUACACUUGCCCUAUCAUCCCUUGGAGUCCCCGCGUUACAAAUUAUGUCGACCAUAUGCGCACGAUAUAGCAUGCGUCGGACGGUACUCAACAACGAAGAGAUCCAGAAACCUAUUAUAUCUUUCCGCACUCAGCAGGUUCCUAUUUUAACAGCCUUGGCCCAGGCAUAUGUCAUGCGAGCGUUAUUCGAUGCAUCUAUCAAACUGUUUACAGAUGUAUCUUUGGACUUUCGCGUCAGACAUGCUAUUGCGACGGCAACCAAGUCAGUCAUGGUUUGUCACACACAAGCGGCUGCCUUGGAACUGGGAGAACGGUGUGGUGCCCAAGGAUUAUUCGAGAUAAAUCAGAUCUCUUCUAUUUUCAAUGAUUUUCGUGGAAUCACCAUUGCCGAAGGGGACCUGCUUGUCCUAUCCGUUCGGCUGGCCACGGAGCUCCUCUUGAAAAGGUAUUGCGUUCCCGAGAGUCCCAAUCCUGAGAGUCUCUUGUCACGACACGAGCUUGGGCUGUUUACGGAAUUGGGAUCAGUCUUAAAGGCCCAUCACCAUCGCAGCGAAGAGUUCAGUCGGCAGGUCUUACCCCGAUGUCGAUUAUUUGUUCAAAGCAUUGGAGAGCGUAUGGCGUACGAUGCUGCUGUGGCGUCGGGCCUUGAUCCUUGCUUGGUGGACAUGUAUGUGGUCAGCUGCGUUAAACACGACUCCGCGUGGUACUCGGAAGAGCUGAAUCUGUCUCGAGCUCGGGUACAAGCCAUGGAAAACGCAGCCAUCGAAUCGAUGUACCCACGGCUCGAAGAGUUCAUCGCUAGGACAGAGGUUGAGCCAUACAUAUCGGCGCCCCUGCUGUCCUCUCGUCAAUGGGAAGCCUAUGAACGUCAAAUGACAGUUUACGGCGACUCUCCUAGAUUCAAAUCUAAGCCUUCUGACGGGAGCAAUAUUUUAUCAUUCAGCCGUCAAGCACGGUUGUAG